GGAGCUCUGGAGAAAUGUGUUCCAAAGCGUUAUUAUUCAUGGAUGCUAUUCAGGUUGUGCCAGAGUCCCGAGCUGCCAGUUUUAUUUACAGAAAGACCAAAUGAAGCUGAAGCGAGAAACAAAAGGCUCGUUCAAGUUCCCAGACUGAAGGAGAUAGUGGGCACAUUUGGUGGGUGUGGGCACCACUGCUAUUCUUUCUUUAUUGCCCUUGUGCUUUCAGGUGGAGGCCAGAUAGGAAUUUUGGCUGUCGUGCUUUUGCUCUUCAUUUGCUGGUUCCUCAGAGACAACAUGAGAGAGAAAGACCUGAGGGGGAAGUAUAUCUUCAUAACAGGAUGCGAUAGUGGCUUUGGCAAUGCCCUGGCUAAACACCUCGACAAGGAAGGAUUCCAUGUCAUUGCUGCAUGUCUCUCGGAGGAGGGAAGUCAGGAGCUAGAGGCCUCCACUUCCCUGUCACUGAAAACGGUUGUGCUCAACUUAACAGACUCUUGCAGUGUUGACAAGGCUGUGGAGUUUGUGAGAGCAGAGACUGAGGGUGUAGGACUGUAUGGCUUGGUAAAUAAUGCUGGAAGAUCUAUGCCCAUGGCUCCCACUGAUUGGCUGCAGAUAGAAGAAUUCCACAAAACUCUGGAUGUCAAUCUAAUGGGACUAAUUGAGAUUACCUUGAAGCUCCUUCCACUUCUGAAAAAGUCGAAAGGAAGAAUUGUCAAUGUGUCCAGUGUUCUGGGUCGGCUGGCAUUUAUAGGUGGUGGAUAUUGUGUGUCAAAGUGGGGAGUGGAGGCCUUCUCGGACAGUUUGCGGCGAGAUAUGCAUCAUUUUGGAGUAAAGGUGAGCAUUAUCGAGCCAGGAUUCUUUAAGACAGGAGUAACUAAUUUGGAGGUCAUUGAAAUAGACCUCUUAAGACUUUGGAACCAACUGAUGCCUGAAGUCAGAGAUUCAUAUGGGGAUAAAUACUUUGUGGAAUAUUUAAAGAUGCAAAGAUUAUCAAUGAAAAAGCUAUGUGAUCCCCAUCUCUUUAAGGUCACAAAAUGUAUGGAGCAUGCCUUGACUGCAAAGUAUCCAAGGGCACGUUAUGGAGUUGGAUGGGAUGCAAAACUCUUGUGGCUACCACUCUCCUAUGCCCCAACGUUUAUGUCUGAUAUGAUGCUAAGAAUGCUUUUUCCAGUUCCAGCAGGCAGGAGUAAUCCAGCAUCCAGAUUUCAAAUUGAUGUUUGACACCCGAUGCAAAUUGCUGUUCGCAUGGUGAUGUCUUAGCCUCUUUGGACCCUAUGUACGGCUAACGUAAUUUUUCCUCUGAAACCGCUAUCAUAACAUUUCCCUAGCUUUGCUAUGCUAGGUCUAUAAUGGGAGAGAGAACCCUGGUCUCAACUGAAUCCUAAACAUAUAGAGUCAAACUUGCUGAUUAGAUGAGACCAAGGUUUGUCUCCCAUUACAAGUGUUACAUUAGCAUGGCAAACUGACAAAGAUUGUGUUAGCAUCCAUUUACAGAGUUUGUGAAUGGACGCGGUGCUGCUCUUGUAUACAUUUAAAUACCUUUUAAAUUUGAUCUGGAUCUUGUUUUAGUUAAUUUCUAUCAAUGUAUUGAUUUUAUAUUAUUUUUAUAUUUCUUUUAAGUUUGUGAGCUGCCUCAAGUAGCAGUGCACUGUAGGGGCAGGCUGUACAUAUUUUUAAAAAUACAUUAAAUUUGAGCUUUCCAUGGAA